AUGGCUUUUUAUUCGGGGGAGGAAAAGACUGAGGAUUAUCUGUUCAAGAUUGUUUUAAUUGGUGAUUCAGCGGUCGGAAAAUCUAAUUUGCUUGCAAGAUUUGCUAGAGAUGAGUUCUACCCUAAUUCAAAGUCAACUAUAGGAGUAGAGUUCCAAACCCAAAAGAUGGAUAUCAAUGGUAAAGAAAUCAAAGCACAGAUCUGGGAUACAGCUGGUCAAGAGCGGUUCAGGGCUGUUACAUCCGCAUAUUAUAGAGGUGCUGUUGGAGCUCUUUUGGUGUAUGAUAUCAGUAGACGCCAGACAUUUGAUAGCAUUGGCAGAUGGCUUAAUGAACUCCACACUCACUCCGACAUGAAUGUAGUUACAAUACUUAUUGGUAACAAGUCUGAUCUCAAGGAUGCCAGGGAGGUACCUACUUCUGAAGGCAAGGCGUUGGCGGAAGCACAGGGUUUGUUUUUUAUGGAAACAUCUGCUCUUGAUUCAUCCAACGUUGUCGCCGCCUUUCAGAUGGUUGUGAAAGAGAUCUACAACAUACUAAGCCGCAAAGUUAUGAUAUCUCAGGAGCUCAAGAAACAGGACCCUGGCUGGGUGGGGAAUGGGAAGACGGUAGUUUUACAGGGAGACGGGAACCAAGAAGACGCAGCUGCUGAGCCUAAAAAAGGUGGGUGCUGCUCAUCUUAG